UUGCAAACAACGUUGUUAUUUGUGAUCAGCAUAUUGCCGAUUUGGUGGGGUUGCUGUAAUCGAUCAGUGAAUCCUGGUUCAAAACGAUAUUACAGAUCACCAAUAUCGAAUGAAACACGAAUGGACGCAGACAGCGCUGCGAAGACAUGUCCUGAAUCUCAAUCACCUUUUUCUCUAGCACCUAAAUCUCGAACAAGGAAAUCCAACUUCAAAGACACAAAAUCACAGUCAUUAUCAAAACUCCACUCUCGAUCAAAUUCGAAAUCGAAAUCUAUAGAAAGGAAGAAUGAGUCGAAUUUAUUUCAACCUGCCGUGAUUGCAAUGCAGCGUAAAGAAAAAGAACAGGACUCAUUUGCUACGCACAUACCAAAGAAAAAAGUUGCACGAAGAAGUUUAGAGAUCGAGCCAAGCUUGAUCACAAAUUGGCUGCUUCAGAUAAAAUCGCGACCACCAGUAGGCUGCGAUCGAGAUGAUUAUAAAACUAUUCCUGCUUAUAUGUUGCCAUCAUCAAACGAUGACUUAUGA